GAUCCAGGUCUUCCUCGAAAAACCCUAAUCCUUUUGUGACUUCAGUCUUCUGUCCAGUAUAUAUGGCUAACUCCGCGGCACAGUUUUUUCAGGUAGUGUCCUCCCACUUCUAAAACCUCCGAUCCGUAAUUCUCAUCUCCUAGUAUACCCAGGAGAGGUUAAAGAGACGGCAUAGUUUUGCUGUCCGCCUUGACUGAGCCCCUAGCCUCGUCUUGGCCCUCGAUUUUGCUUUUUUCUUAGCCCCAAUCAUUCUGUAUAUUUUAUCUUCUACGUUUUCUUCGAAACCCAUAGAAUCGUAGACAUGGUAGGGAAGCUCUCGAAGUCGGAAAAGAAGAUCGCGUACGACGCGAAGCUAUGCCAGCUGCUUGACGAGUACACCCAAAUCCUGGUGGUGGCGGCCGACAACGUCGGAUCCAACCAGCUCCAGAAUAUUCGGAAAGGUCUACGUGGCGACUCUGUGGUGCUCAUGGGUAAGAACACCAUGAUGAAGCGCUCCGUCAGGAUCCAUGCUGAGAAUACUGGCAACAAUGCUUUCCUCAACCUCAUUCCCCUUCUUGUUGGAAACGUAGGGCUGAUUUUCACGAAGGGUGAUUUGAAGGAGGUCAGCGAAGAGGUUGCCAAGUACAAGGUUGGAGCACCUGCUCGUGUUGGUUUAGUUGCUCCAAUUGAUGUUGUUGUACCUCCUGGAAACACUGGACUCGACCCUUCUCAGACCUCUUUCUUUCAGGUUCUUAACAUUCCAACCAAGAUUAACAAGGGUACUGUUGAAAUUAUCACCCCUGUGGAGCUUAUUAAGAAGGGUGACAAGGUUGGCUCCUCUGAGGCUGCCCUGCUUGCAAAACUUGGCAUAAGGCCCUUUUCUUAUGGUCUCAUUGUCCUAUCUGCUUAUGACAAUGGCUCAGUCUUCAGCCCUGAGGUACUUGAUCUGACUGAGGAUGACCUUAUUGAGAAGUUUGCCAUUGGUGUGUCUAUGGUCACUUCAUUGUCACUGGCUCUCUCGUACCCAACACUAGCAGCUGCACCGCAUAUGUUCAUCAAUGCCUACAAGAAUGCUCUUGCUAUUGCUGUUGCCACCGAGUAUUCCUUCCCCCAGGCAGAGAAAGUUAAGGAGUUCCUAGAGGACCCAAGCAAAUUUGCUUUCGCUGCUGCCCCUGUUGCCGCUGCUGAUUCGGGUGCUGCCCCUGCUAAGGAGGAAGAGAAGAAGGAAGAGCCAGCUGAAGAGUCCGAUGAUGACAUGGGUUUUAGUUUGUUCGAUUAAGUUCAUGUAGGUUAUGCUUUUACUAUGGGACGGUGAUCCUUGUGUUUACUUUCUUUUGGAUUUUCACUGAUGGAGUUUAGUUAUUUAUUUUAUGC